AGUUAAGAAUGUUAAAACUUAGGGGGCAGCAGAGCAAAAAGUCUUUAAACAUAUAAUUAAUCAAGCCUGAUUAAGACCUGCAGUGUAUAAAACCAAACUGAAGCUUGGGUUGAUGAUCAGAUGAGCCCAUCAAUUAGUCGAUGAUUAAACUCUUAAUUAUUAGCUUACAUACUCCAAACUGUCUCUUGCUCUAUCUCCUUCUCUCCAAUCCCCCUUUAAAUCUACCACUUUUUCAUCACCCAACUAAGACCCAUUAACCCAAGUCGCAUGACCCAGUUGCUAUUGAGUUCAGCUAUGGCUAUGGCCAUUGAUCAAACACUUGGUGGGCAUGCGUUCGAUCUGGAUUUAUCUGGGUGCAGCACCACCACCAACAACACCAUGUCCUCCGAUCACUGGUACGACUGGUCGCCUGUGGUCGACUGGGACGCGCUGCCUCCGACGGACCAGCUCGCCGGCGACGACUUCCACGAGCUCAUUGAGUCGAUGAUGGAGGACCAGGAAGGCACUGAGCUGAACUCGUCGUCGGCGCAGGACGAGGUUCACGAAUUAGAAGCGUCUAACGAUACCACGUCGUCGGGCGAAAUUAUGAUGCUAACGGAAGAAGACGGAGGCGCUAACGGCGAGGACUCGAAGGGGCUUCGGCUGGUCCAUCUGCUGAUGGCGGUGGCUGAGGCCCUGACCGGCGCAAACAAGAGCCGAGAUCUGGCUCGGGUGAUAUUGGUUCGGCUCAAGGAGUUAGUCUCUCCAACUGACGGUACUAACAUGGAGAGGUUGGCAGCGUAUUUUACUGAGGCCCUCCAGGGUUUGCUAGAAGGCGCCGGGGGUGUUCAGGGUAAGCAUUUGAUUGGGAAUGGGACCCACCGAGAUCAUGGACACCAUCCGACGGACGUGAUCGCUGCGUUUCAGCUGCUCCAGGAUAUGUCGCCAUAUGUUAAGUUUGGGCACUUCACAGCCAAUCAGGCGAUUCUAGAGGCUGUGGUCCAUGAUAGGCGGGUCCAUGUUCUGGACUAUGACAUCAUGGAGGGGAUCCAAUGGGCCUCUUUGAUGCAGGCCUUGGUAUCUAGGAAGGAUGGCCCACCAACCCCGCAUCUUAGGAUCACGGCGUUGUCGAGGGGUGGGAGUGGGAGUGGGAGGAGAUCAAUCGGGACCAUCCAAGAGACGGGCCGCCGUUUGACCGCAUUUGCCGCCUCAAUUGGUCAACCGUUUUCGUUUCAUCAAUGUAGGUUGGAUUCAGAUGAGACAUUUCGACCGUCUGCUCUCAAGUUGGUCAAAGGAGAGGCCUUAGUGAUCAAUUGCAUGCUAAACCUCCCACAUUUUGGUUACCGGUCUCCGGAUUCGAUUGCUUCCUUUUUAUCCGGAGCCAAGACCCUAAACCCGAGGCUGGUAACUUUGGUAGAAGAAGAGGUCCGGCCCACGGGAGACGGAGGCUUUGUGGCCCGUUUCAUGGACUCAUUGUACCACUACUCAGCUGUAUACGACUCACUCGAGGCCGGCUUCCCAAUGCAAAGUCGUGCUCGGGCCUUAGUAGAGAGAGUGUUCUUGGGGCCCCGAAUAGCCGGGUCAUUGGCCCGAAUAUAUCGUGCCAACGGGGAGGUGGGUUGCUCUUGGUCGGAGUGGUUAGGCGCGGUAGGGUUUAAGCCAAUGCCAAUAAGCUUUGCCAAUCAUUGUCAGGCAAAGCUCCUGUUGGGUUUAUUUAAUGAUGGUUAUAGGGUGGAGGAGGUGAGCAAUCAUAGGCUGGUUUUAGGUUGGAAGUCCCGUUGUUUACUAUCAGCUUCUAUUUGGACGUCACCCUCAGAAUCUGAUUUUGUCAAUUAGCUUCUUCGACUUCUUUAUUUGCUCUUCAGCCCCCUUUUUUUUUUUUCUUUUUUUUCUUUUCUCUCUCACUGAUCUUUCUUCUUUCCAAAUUUAGCUCCCAGUCCCUAGAACCCUCAACUUGGUUUUCAAAUUGUAGCAAAGUUUUGAACCAAAUGUUGGUCAAAAUUGUAACCAAACAUAAUUUUGGGAUUUCGUUUCAAGCCAAUGUAGUUGAGCUCUUUUAAGUGUGUCUUACGUUGUUGUGUUUGGGACUUUUUAAAGUUUCAAGAAAAAGAAUAUGGUUCUCUUGAGAAUGAUGUGAAGGACAUUUGUAAAUAUAAAUAAAUGGCAGUUGCCCAAUGUACUUGUAAAUAUAAGGUAUGUUUUCAAAGCUUGUUAUACAUGUAGCUUCGCAAGUUAGAUAUGCAUGUUCAAUGUUAUUAUUAGUUGUUCACGUUAAUAAAGAACUAAU